AUGUCAUUAUAUUACACCUUGGUUUUUGCGAUUCUAGUGGUGGAAAUUUUCAUAUUCUCCAUCCUCGCCCUACCAAUUCCUUCGAAAUACCGUAGGCCCCUCACUCUGCUAUUGUUAAAGCCAUUCAAGUCUUCCACAGUGCAAGUUGCAAUCAAAUGCAUACUUGGAUUUAUUCUUUUGCUUUUUGUCGACUGUAUCAACAGAGUGUACAGCAUUGACAAAGAGCUGCAAUUAAGCAGUGUAUCUCAAAACAAUGGCACCGUGAUCGCUCAAGAUAGAAUUGAAGUGCUUUCGAGGAAAUUUUUUGCGCAAAGAAACAUGUAUCUGACAGGUAUAACCCUGUUUUUGACCUUUGUUGUCGCUAGAACGUUUAGCCUAGUCAUAGAACUUUUGACCAUGAAAGACGUCUAUAGAGCAUCACCGCCAGUAGCCUCUAGUGAUGUUAAAAAGAAUGACUCUGUUACUGCAGAGGCUGCUGCUCAAUCCGGCGCUUCCAAAGACGACCAUGGUGAUGAGGAGAAUUUUGAACUAUUGAAGAAAAUUCAGGACAUCGACGAUGAAAUUUCACGCCUAAAGGAGAAGUCAGAAUCAUUACAAGAAGAAAUGAGCUAA